GGGCGGAGAGUCUGCUGGCCUCUCUCCUUCGUUCUUCUGGGCGGCGGCGGCUGCAAGAGGGGACAGGGUGGGUGGCGCAUCACGGGCGCGGAGGCAGGAGGAGCAGUCUCAUUGUUCCGGGAGCCGUCGCCACUGCAGGUCCGUCGGCUCGGCCGGCCCAGCCCCUCUCGGCUCUUCCCAGCCCCCACAACCGCCCGCAGCUGUGAAAGAGGAGCAGCCGGCGCAGCGGCAGCUGCAGCAUCAUCCCCAAGCCGCCAGCCAUGGAAGACCUGGACCAGUCGCCUCUGGUCUCCUCGUCCUCGGACAGCCCGCCCCGGCCUCAGCCCCAGUUCAAGUACCAGUUCGUGAGGGAGCCCGAGGACGAGGAGGAAGAGGAGGAGGAAGAAGAGGAUGAGGACGAGGAUCUCGAGGAGCUGGAGGUGCUGGAGAGGAAGCCCGCCGCCGCGCUGUCGGCGGCCCCAGCGCCCACAGCUCCAGCUCCCCUGCUUGACUUCGGAAAUGACUUCGUGCCCCCGGCGCCCCGGGGACCCCUGCCGGCAGCGUCCCUCACCGCCCCAGAGCGGCAGCCGUCCUGGGACCCGAGCCCUGCGUCGGCCACUGUGCCCGCGCCGUCCCCGCCCACCGCUGCCGCAGCUUCGCCCUCCAAGCUCCGGGAGGAAGACGAGCCCCCGGCCCGGCCUCCCCCACCUCCCCCGACGGCCUUGAGCCCCGAGGCUGAGCCCGGGUGGACCCCUCCCGCCGCGGCCCUCGCCGCGCCCCCCUCCACGCCGGCCGCGCCCAAGCGCAGGAGCUCCUCGGGCUCUGUGGAUGAGACACUUUUUGCUCUUCCUGCUACAUCUGAGCCUGUGAUGCACUCCUCUGCAGAAAAAAUUAUGGACUUGAAGGAGCAGCCAGGUAAUACUGUUUCGGCUGGUCAAGAAGAUUUCCCAUCUGUCCUGCUUGAAACUGCUGCUCCUCUUCCUUCUCUAUCUCCUCUCUCAGCUGCUUCUUUUAAACAUGAAUAUCUUGGUAAUUUACCAGCCGUAUUACCCACAAAAGGAACAUUUCAAGAAACUUCAAAUGAAGCUUCUAAAGAAUUCUCAGAGAAGGCAAAAAAUCCAUUUGUAGAUCGAGAUUUAACAGAGUUUACAGAAUUGGAAUAUUCGGAAAUGGGAUCAUCAUUCGGUGGCUCUCCAAAAGCAGAAUCUGCCAUAAUAGUAGCAAACCCUAAGGAAGAAGUAGUUGUGAAGAAUAAAGAUGAAGAGGCUUUAGGUAGCAAUUGCGUCCUUCAUAAUCAACAAGAGCUACCUAUAGCCCUCACUGAAUUGGUUAAACAAGAGGACAAAGUUACAUCUCCAGAAAAAGCAAAGGACAGUUUUAAUGGAAAGGGAGUUGCAGUUUUUAAAGAAGCUCCUCUGAGAGAGGAAUAUGCAGACUUUAAACCAUUUGAGCGAGCAUGGGAAGUAAAAGAUAUUUAUAAUGAAGAUACUCAUAUGGUGGCUGCUGAAGGUAAUAUAGGGAGCAAGUUGGAAAGUAAAGUGGAUAAAAAAUGUUUUGCAGAUAACCUUGAGCAGACAAAUCAUGAAAAAGAUAAUGAAAGCAGUAAUGAUGAUACUUCUUUUCCCAGUUCACCAGAAGCUAAAAAAGAUGGUUCGGAAGCAUAUAUUACAUGUGCUCCCUUUAACCCAACAACACCUGAGAGCAUUGCGACAAAUAUAUUUCCUUUGCUGGAAGACCAUACUUCAGAAAAUAAGACAGAUGAAAAAAAAAUAGAAGAAAAAAAGGCCCAAAUUGUGACAGAGAAGAAUACUAGCAUCAAAACAUUAAACCCUUUCCUUGUAGCAACACAGGAUUCUGAGACAGAUUAUGUCACAACAGAUCAUUUAUCAAAGGUGACUGAUGAAAUGGUGGCAAACAUGCCUGAAGGUCUCACCCCAGAUUUAGUUCAGGAAGCAUGUGAAAGUGAAUUGAAUGAAGCUACAGGAACAAAGGUAGUUUAUGAAACAAAAAUGGACUUGGUCCAAACAUCAGCAGCUAUGCAGGAGUCACUACACCCUGUAGCACAACUUUGCCCAUCAUUUGAAGCAUCUGAAGCUAGUCCUUCACCAGUUUUGCCUGACAUUGUUAUGGAAGCACCAUUAAAUUCUGCAGUUCCUGGUGCUGGUGCUUCUGCAGUGCAGCCCAGUUUAUCACCAGAAGCUCCUCCCUCAGUAAAUUAUGAAAACAUAAAACUUGAAUCUGAAAAUCCCCCACCAUAUGAAGAGGCUAUGAGUGCAUCACUGAAAAAAGUAUCAGGAAUAAAAGAAGAAAUUAAAGAGCCUGAAAGUAUUAAUGCAGCUGUUCAAGAAACAGAGGCCCCUUAUAUAUCUCUUGCAUGUGAUUUAAUUAAAGAAACAAAGCUCUCUACUGAACCAACUCCAGAUUUCUCUAAUUAUUCAGAAAUAGCUAAAGUUGCACAGCCAGCGCCUGAUCAUUCUGAGAUAGUUGAAGAUUCCUCACCUGAUUCCGAACCAGUUGACUUAUUUAGUGAUGAUUCAAUACCUGAAGUUCCUCAAAAACAAGAUGAAGCUGUAAUGCUUGUGAAAGAAAAUCUCACUGAAACUUUACCUGAGGCAAUAUUAGAACAUGAAAAACAGGAAAAAUUCAGUGGUUCACCACCUGAGGGGGGAAAGCCAUAUUUGGAAUCUUUCCAGCCCAGUUUAAAUCCCAUAGAAGGUAUCUUAUCACCUGAUGAAGUUUCAAUAUUGAACAAAAAGGAGAAAAUUCUGCAGAUGGAGGAGCUUAAUACUGCAGUUUAUUCAAAUGAAGGCUUAUUUGUUUCUGAGGAAGCAAAAAUAAGAGAAAGUGAAACAUUUUCCGAUUCAUCUCCAAUUGAGAUUAUAGAUGAGUUCCCUAUAUUGGUCAGUUCUAAAGCUGAUGCUUCUCUUAAUUUGGCCAGGCAAUACACUGACCUAGAAGUAUCCCACAAAAGUGAAAUUGCUCAUGUCCAGGAUGGAGCUGGGUCAUUGCCUGGCCUUUCUGUCAAGAAUGUGCAACCUAAAGAUGAAGAUAAAAUCUGUGUCUCAGAUGAAUUAUCCAGAGAUAUGCCAGAUACAUCAAAGGUGCCCUUACUGCCUCCAGAAGUUUCUACUUUGGCUCCUCAAACAGAGAUAGGCAGUAUAGUCAAGCCCAAAGUUACUGUGAAAGAAGCAGAGAGAGAAUGUCCUUCUGGAGCAGAGAAAGGGAACAGAUCAUCAUCUGGUAUAUUUUCAGCAGAGCUGAGUAGAACUUCAGUUGUUGACCUCCUCUACUGGAGAGACAUUAAGAAGACUGGAGUGGUGUUUGGUGCCAGCUUGUUCCUGCUGCUUUCAUUGACAGUGUUCAGCAUCGUGAGUGUAACAGCCUACAUUGCCUUGGCCCUGCUGUCUGUGACCAUCAGCUUUAGGGUAUAUAAGGGUGUGAUCCAAGCAAUCCAGAAAUCAGAUGAAGGCCACCCAUUCAGGGCAUAUUUGGAAUCUGAAGUCACCAUAUCUGAGGAGUUGGUUCAGAAAUACAGCAAUUCUGCUCUUGGUCAUGUGAACGGCACAGUUAAAGAACUGAGACGCCUUUUCUUAGUUGAUGAUUUAGUUGAUUCUUUGAAGUUUGCCGUCUUGAUGUGGGUAUUUACCUAUGUUGGUGCCUUGUUCAAUGGUCUGACACUGCUGAUUUUGGCUCUGAUUUCACUCUUCAGCGUUCCUGUUAUUUAUGAACGGCAUCAGGCUCAGAUAGAUCAUUAUCUAGGACUUGUGAAUAAGAAUGUCAAAGAUGCUAUCGCUAAAAUCCAAGCAAAAAUCCCUGGAUUAAAGCGCAAAGCUGAAUGAAAAAGCCCAAAAUAAUUAACAACAGAAGUUCAUCUUUAAAGGGGAUAUUCAUUUGAUUACAUGGGGGAGGGUCAGGGAAGAAUGAAGCCUGGACAUUGCAAUGCCACAGAUCUUUAUUUUUAGCAAUGCAGUGUUUGAGGAAAAAUUACCUGUCCUGACUGCCAUGUGUUCAUCAAGUAUUGUAAGCUGCUAUGUAUGGAUUUAAACCGUAAUCAUACUUGUUUUUCCUGUGUGAGGCACUGGUAAAUACAAAACGAUCGGAGAAAGCUGUAUAUUACACUUCGUUGAAGAUAGUCUUGCUGUGUUUUGGGAAGUUGCAGAAAAGGUGGAGCUGAAAAAAAAAUUACCCUUUUCAGUUUGUGCACUGUGUUUGGUCUGUGUAGAUUGAUGCAGAUUUUCCGAAAUGAAAUGUUUAGACAAGCUCAUACCACUAAAGCAGGAAUGCAAAAACUGCCUUUCUGGUAUGUUCUAGGUGUAUGUGAAUUUUACUAUUAUAUUAAUUGCCAAUAUAAGUAAAUAUAGAUUAUAUAUCUAUCUAUAGUGUUUCACAAAGCUUAGACCUUUACCUUCCAGCUGCCCGACAGUGCUUGAUUUUUCAGUCAUUGGUUGUAUGUGUGUAGUUCCAAAGCCCAUAAGCUAGAAAAUGUAUUUCUAGGAGCACUACCAUCUGUUUUCAACAUGAAGCACAUAGAACUCAACAUAAACUUCCAUUGCAUAAACUUACUGUAGUUAAUUUUGUCACAAACUCUGAAUCUAUGGACUGAAUCUAAUGCUUCCAAAAUGUUAUUUGCAAAUAUCAAAUAUUGUUAUGCAAGAAAUUAUGACGAUUUAUACAGUUGUGGUUUAAGCUGUACGCAACUAAAUCUGUGGAAUGCAUUGUGAACUGUAAAAGCAAAGUAUCAAUAAAGCUUAUAGACUUAAAAAAUA